AUGCAGCUAUGCAACAGUCACUUCGUUUAUAGCUGCAUAUCUCGAAAACUGUGCAUAUCUAUCUAUCUAUCUAUGUCAGUUCAUUAUCUAUUUAUAUAUAGAUGCCUGUUAAUUAUCUAUCUAUCUAUCUAUCUAUCUAUCUCAGUUCAUUAUCUAUCUAUCUAUCUAUCUAUCUAUCUAUCUAUCUAUCUAUCUAUCUAUCUAUCUGUCUAUCUAUGUAUCUAUCUAUAUAUGUCAGUUCAUUAUCUAUAUAUAUCGAUGACUCUUAUCUAUCUAUAUAUCUAUCUAUCUAUCUAUCUAUCUAUCAAUCUAUCUAUCUAUCUAUCUAUCUAUCUAUCUAUGUCUGUUCAUAUCUAUCUAUCUAUCUGUCUAUCUAUGUAUCUAUCUAUAUAUGUCAGUUCAUUAUCUAUAUAUAUCGAUGACUCUUAUCUAUCUAUCUAUCUAUCUAUCUAUCUAUCUAUCUAUCUAUGUCUGUUCAUAUCUAUCUAUCUAUCUGUCUAUCUAUGUAUCUAUCUAUAUAUGUCAGUUCAUUAUCUAUAUAUAUCGAUGACUCUUAUCUAUCUAUCUAUCUAUCUAUCUAUCUAUCUAUCUAUCUAUCUAUGUCUGUUCAUAUCUAUCUAUCUAUGUAUCUAUCUAUCUCUCUCUCUCUCUAUAUAUAUAUAUAUAUAUAAAAUUCUGUUCAUAUCAAUGUAUUCGUCAUUGUCUAUACAUGUCGAUGACACAUUAUCUAUCUAUCUAUCUAUCUAUCUAUCUAUCUAUGAAAUUCUGCUCAUAUCUAUGUAG